AUGACUUCAGGCCAAAGCUGCUCUAUACUUAAAGAUGUUGUUGCUUUUGUUGAUGUCUGGUCGUCAAACAGAACUGAGAAUUAUUCUAAGCCUUUUGCUGAACAGUUACGACAAAUGGGGGCGGAGGUAUUGGAAACAUUUAAUAAACGGGUAACCCAUGUAAUAUUUAAGCAUGGCCGUCAAUCCACAUGGAACAAAGCCAAGAAAACUGGUGUGAAGGUUGUGUCGGUUUUUUGGGUGGCCAGGUGUAAAGAUGGUGGCCAGCAUGUCGAUGAAGAGUUAUGUCCCGCAACACACGAAGAGAGCCACAUGAAUUCUGUGCUUAACAAACGAACACAUCGUUGCAUGCAGCCAAGGGACAUUCCGGACCGGACUCCUGAAAAUGACAAGUCCAUGAAGAGGAAGUUGGACAGAAUGGUCAAAAACUUGGUGCCUUCGUCACCCAGCUUUCCAGGUGUGUCGCCAUAUAUCAUCGAUGAAGAAAGCGGCAUAGUUUACAGCCCAUCAUCACGAAGGUCAGACACCAUUGCUCAGCGUCUGAAAGUGAUGAGGGAAGAAAGGAGGAGUCUUUCACUGACUGGCACUUGUUGGGGUCGGACGAUUAUAUUCCAUGGCAGCCUGAGGUUCACACCUGUAUCUUCUGGAAGCCACACACAAGUCAAAACACUUGAAAAAUCAUUGGUUCAAAGCAACAGAGUAGAGAAACAAGCAUCACUUGAAAGUCCUUAUCUGGAUGUUCUCUUUGGGGAGCGCAAAAUCUCACAAUCACCGGUAAAAUUUGACAGUGAUGACAUUAAAAGGCCUACGAGAUCAUCUUUCAAGAAUGAUCAGUUGAACAACAUCUCAACAACGGACCCUUGUAUCAAGGUUCUAUUUCAAAAAAGCAAGCGCAGAAAAUCCUCUUUAGAAGGUACAAAGGUAAUAAAUAUCUCAGAAAAUGACCGCCUUGAUUUAACAAAACCAUCAAAUACCCAAAAUACCCACUUCCCUCUUGAUGUUCACAGUAAAUCGUUAAGCAUCUCCACAAGCUCAAGUAAUCGUUUACCCAAGAAACCCAUUGGGGCAGACCGAAAGCAGGCUAAAUACCAUAAAAAGACGCCCUCACCCAUAAAGGUUUUUUGUCAAAGAAAAAACGCUUUGCGAACACCAAAUUCAAGAACUUCCCCGAAAUCUGUGAGCAUCUCCCCACCUGAGGAUGAUGAUGAUGAUGAUGAUGCCUUUGAGAACUUUUUCUCUCCAGCAAACAAUCAUGACAAGGCUGCCGCAAAGCGAUGGUCUUCCUUGUUGGGCUUGUCAUCGAAGGCUACCCUCCUUCCUCCCUUUGAACUAGAGCCUAAACCAGGGAAGCGGAAAAGGGGUAGAAGUGAAAGCGAGGCGCUGUGUCCAGCAAGGGCUAAGAGGAAAAUGUAUGACGUUGGCAGUAAAACAAAACUUCAGACGCAGAGAGGAAAAUCAGAAGCCAUUAGAACAUUGGUCAUGACCAGCAUGUCCACUGAGAGGCGGCACACAGUGAUUCAGGUCGUGAGCAGCCUGGGUGGGUUCACUGUGGUGGACACAGUGGGAGACAGCACCACCCAUGUCGUGACGGGAAGCCCGCGACGUACCCUUAAUGUCCUUCUGGGCAUUGCCCGUGGCUGCUGGAUCCUGUCCUUUGAAUGGAUCCUGUGGAGUCUGGAACAUGGGCAGUGGAUGUCUGAGGAACCCUAUGAACUUUCUGAGCAUUUCCCAGCAGCGCCUAUUUGUCGUCUGCAGCAACACCUGUCAGCAGGUGAGCACCAGCAAGACCUUUUCUCCAGCCAGCCUGUGAUGUUCGUCUCCCCACAGUCCCAGCCACCCACUUAUAACCUGGUGGAACUCAUCCAAUUGUGCGGAGGCACAGUUUGCAGGACUGUCCGUCAGGCUGGCAUCUGCAUUGGAGAGUACAAGGGCAAGAAACCGCAGGGGACCAGGAGCCUGUCUGAACAAUGGGUGCUGGAUUGUCUAACUCAUCUCAAGCAACUACCAUAUGAUAACUACGACUUGGAUAGAAAAUCUCACUGA